AUGUGUAAGCCUCCACUCGAGUUCAAGCUUGCUGAUAAAGACGAUGAUAUUCAAUAUUCCCUGCCAAGUGUUAGUUUGUAUUCAAGGAGGGUAGUCAUAUCUGUUACAGACUUUAAAAUAACUGAGGAGAAAGUACCCUUAAGUCAUAUCAUCGAGGAGAAAACUGCAAGAUAUAUUGGUUACUUCUCUUCAUCAUACUCUGUGAAAAAAAUUCGGGUUGAAAUCUGUUCGCUUCUGGUGGAGAUGUGUGAGAGGUUCACUUUCUUUGAAGUUGUCUGCAAUAUGAUCCCCUUUUGCACUGUCAAGCUUGGCUAUCACAAUUACCAAGAGGCCAUUUUCAAUUUGUGUUUUAUCAGAACUUCAAUCCUUACCCCUGUGCUUGCGGAAUGGUUUGCUGAUGUCUGUCUAGGAAGAAACAAACUGGUAUAUAUUUGCUUAUUUCUACAUUUCCUGGGCACUGCUUUAUUAUCUGUAGUUGCUUUUCCUUUGGAAGAUUUCUAUAUAGGUACUCACCAUAUAAUUAACAACAUACCAAAAAAAGAGCAGAACAGGAUGUUUUACGUAGCACUGCUGGCCAUUUGCCUCAGCACUGGAGGAAUAAGAGCCAUCAUUUGUCUACUGAGCACUAGCAGCCUUCAGGAGUAUGGAUCACAGAACCAAAUUUUAUUUUUUAACUGGUUUUAUUGGAUCAUGAACCUAAGUGUGACUGUUGUCUUUUUGGGGAUAUCUUACAUUCAGUAUUCAGGAGAUUGGACUCUGGUUUUACUUAUUCCCUUUAUGUCUAUGCUUAUGGCUCUAAUAACUCUUCAUAUGAUGCAUUAUAACCUGAUUUACCAACCAGAAAAAUGUUGUUUCCUCCUGACAACCUUUGGGGUGUUUGUUAAUGCCCUGAAAACACGCUUUCUGCAAUACUGCCAUCUUCACAGAAAUGUGAUGAGCUGGUUAGACCAUGCCGAGAAAAAAAAUGGUGGCUGCUACACUGAGCUGCAUGUGGAAGUCACAAAAUUUUUCUUCACCUUUCUCCCUCUUUUCAUUUUUCAACUGCUAUACAAUAUAUGCAUUAUGCAGAUUCCCUCAGGAUAUUAUGUGCAGACCAUGAAUUCCAACCUGAAUUUGGAUGGGUUUCUUCUGCCAAUUUCAGUAAUGAAUGUUAUCAGCAUCAUACCACUAUUAAUUCUGGCUCCUUGUAUAGAAUAUUUCAGCACCUUCCUAAUUCCCUCUAAGAGAGAUGGACCAUUUCCAUUGGUGUGCAUUAUUGCCGGAAAUCUUUCUGCUGCAUUUUCUGUGAUGAUAGCUGGCUUCUUUGAAAUACACAGAAAACAUUUCCCUUCAGUGGAGCAGCCUCUUUUAGGCAAAGUCUUCACCGUUUUCUCCAUGCCUUUCUACUUGGUUCUUCAGUACGUUUUACUUGGAGUAGCUGAAACACUGGUCAACCCAGCCUUCUUUGUGAUAUCACACAGAUUUGUUCCACGUACCAUCAGAGGAACUUUUAUGAAUUUUUUGACACUGUUCAAUGGAUUUGGUUGUUUCACGGGAGCAUUGCUGGUGGAGUUGGUAUAUCUCAUCUCAGAAGGCAAUUGGUUUCCAAACACAUUAAACAAAGGCAAUUUAGAAAGCUUCUUCUUCUUCUUGGCAUCGUUAACAUUGUUGAACAUCCUGGGAUUCUGGAGUGUUUCACAAAGAUAUAGUAAUCUAAAUCAUUUUAAUGCCCAGAACAUCAGUGGAAGUAAUCUUGAAGAAACACUUCUCCUCCAUGAACAGUCUCUGAAAUUUUAUGGCAGUACACAGGAAUUUUCUUCGAGUAUUGAUCUUUGGGAGACAGCCCUAUGA